UUCUACUGCUCGACCCGGUAAUAAGCGGGCGUCGCCGCGCUUACCGUAAAAUAUGCAAGGCGAUCGCGACGCUGGCGUUAAAAAAAGAAACACGUCGCCAGUACUCGUUCGACAAGCACAACAUGAAGACCCAAGAGAAUGAUCUGUCAAUCGAAGAUGAUAUCGAAUGCAAUUACUCUGGCUAUAUUUUUAAAGCUUUUCAUUUUAUGGGAUUAAAGUUGUCCCUGAAGAAGAAAACUGAUGGCUUCAAAUUUGUGCAUAAAUUACCUACCACCAUAGGUAUCCUUCAGAGUAUUGUCGUUUUUUUCUUACAAAUGAACUUUAUCCGAGAUGUUGUACAGUGCGAUUCGAAUCCACCAAUUCAAAUAAUCAGCCAAGUGAUUUCGAAUAUUCAAGCUGGAUUAAAGCAGACUUUAUUAGUUUUUAAAAAAAUCGAAGAUAUACAACGUAUGUUAGAAACGUUAGGAGAAUUUUGGAAAAAGUACUCACCGGACAAAAACUAUCGAGUCGUCCUUUUUCGUGAACUGGGUAAAACGUCUUCUCUCUGCAAGUAUUAUUUUGGCACGUUAGUUGGCAUUAUGAUUGCAUACGACGUUCAACCCUUGGUUUACUUUUUAACAUACUAUUUUGAACAAAAUGCUACAAAUCAUACUUAUGAUCUAUCACGAAGGAUCUUAUUAGUUAAAUAUCCCUUCGAAAUAACUAGAAAAUCGACAUAUUGUUUCUUGCUUUCUCAAGAAGCGUAUCUACUCUAUAUAACAGCUAUUUACUGGGCUAACGGCGAUACAUUAUUCGCUCAAUUUACAACUCACAUUUGUUUACAACUAAAGAUUUUGAAAUAUGAGACUGGCAAGUUUUUUAAUCAAAGUAAUCAAGAGGGUCGUUCAGAUUUGCUUAUUUUAAUAAGAAGGCAUCAGGAACUUCUGAGCAUGUGCGAUAUGAUUGAGGACAUUUUCAGCCCAAUCAUCUUUUCGACGAUGUUAUUAUCGGCGAUAAAUAUGUGUGUGAACGUUAUCGGAGUUACAGAGACUAUAGCUGCCGGGUCGUACGAAGAGACAGGAAUCUACACCUUUAUAUUCAUAGCCACAUUCUUGCAGAUAAUAUUUUAUUGCGUUUUCGCAGAAACGUUAACAGAGGAGACAAGAUCCUUGUCUGAUUUCGUCUACAACUUGGAAUGGACAAGUAAGGAUUACAGGCUUCGAUUUCUAAUACAAGUGAUCAUUCUGAGAGCACAGACACCAGUCUAUUGCACAGCGUAUGGCUUCUUUCCAAUUGGUCAUCAAAAACUUACAUCGGUAGCUAGCAAAACAUUUGAAGUUAUGUAUGCUUUUCAAAUUAAUUUUAAAUUAGCAACUGUUUUCAGAUCAUAAACGCGUCGUUUUCAUAUUAUAUGAUGCUACAAACUGUUAAAUAAAGUUCAACCAAUUCCAGCAGCAAAUCAAAAACAUCAAUGGUGCUCAGUAUGAUGAAUGUAUUGUUAAAUGUAUACUGUCUGAAUAAAUUGAGUCUCUACUCCCUAAGCAGAGACUAGUCACUCAUU